CGUCAAAGAAGGUAUUACAUAAUCACAAUGGAUAUAUCAAAUCCUUCAGAGAAAUCAUCUUCCAUAAUACCUUUAUCAUUCACAUCGAAUCAACAUAAAAUUAAACGUUUAAAAUUAUUACAAGAAUUAGAAAAUCGUAAAUUUCAAUUAAAUUAUAAUCGUUUAAUAAAAGAACAAAAUAAAAUUUAUAAACAACUUGAUAUACAACGUUUACAAUUUACUAGAAGAUUAUCUGAAACAAAUUUCAUCUUAGAAGAUUCAUCAAAAUUGGAUAAUCUAGAUUCAAAGAAGAUAAAACAACCAUCUAUACAGAAUGAUGAUCAUGGUAAUUCAAAUCGUCGUUUACAUUCACAAGAUAAUAUUCAUGAAAAAGUUUAUACAAAUCAACCAUUUUGGUUACGUUUACGUUCAUUAGGUGUACCAUCAGAUGAAGAUAUAUUAUUAGCUGCAUUAACAUGUAAAAAUAUGAAUAUUAAUAAUAAAGUAGAAUCUGAUGUUAUUGAUGAAGACGAUGUAUUUGAAUCAAAUUCUAAAUCAUCAAUAAUAAAAAAUUCAAAAAAUAUACAAAAACAACGUUCAUCUAGUGUAACAGGAGCUGAUGAAUUCUAUAAAAAUUUAUCCAAACCUCAUUAUAAUAAUUAUAAUCAUCCUAUAAAACGAAUAAAACGUUCAUUAAGUUUAGAAGAACAAAAACCUAAUUGGUUAUUAACAUUAAAUCAAUUAAAACGUGAAAAAUUAUUACGUAAUCAAUCAAAUACACAAGAAGAAAUUACAGCACUUGUUAGAGGUAAUAAAUUUUAUAAUAAUAAUAAUAAUAAUAAUAAUAAUAAACGAUCCAAUAUACUUACUAUAAAAUAUCCAUCACGUAAUGAUCGUUUAAUUAAAUCACAUAGACAUACUAUUGUUGGUAUAACAAAUGAAUUAACACCAAUAUAAUAAAUAAAAACCUUAUUGAGAGUAAUAGUCUUCUUUUCUUUUUACAAAUAAUUCAUGUUUUUGUUUCAUUUAACUGAGGUUCAUUGUUUUCUUGUAAUAUUUACUAUUUUCUAUAAAUUGUAGUAAGUUCCUUUUUUUUAAUGAUAUAUUCAGUAUAAUCUAAUAAAUAUAUAUCUUUGUAUUUAGUUGAA